CAGACAGACAGAAGAAUGCAUUUAAUUCAGUAAGCCGGUCUCAUAUGCUGAACCAAGUGCUUACUACGUUUCCUGAUAUUUACAAUCACGCUGCACUAGUGUACUCUGACAUCAAUCCACUAAUCUAUCUUCAGAGAUCUCAUCCGGUUAUUCUCAGCUCUCAAGAAGGUGUGCACCAGGGAGACCCACUUGGUCCUGCUUUGUUCUCAAUUGCAAUGCAACCCAUUUUGGAAGAUCUACAGUCUCACAACAAAGAAGUAACAAUUCUGGCUUACCUGGAUGACGUUUAUCUCCUUGGCAGCCCUGAUCAAGUAUUUCAUGUCUUUGAAAGGCUGAGAUCUGCCUUCAGCGACAUUAAUCUCAUGAUUGAGGAGAAGAAGUGUGAGAUAUAUUGUUCCUCAUCACCGUUGCUUAACACCAUCUCUGAGUCAACUUCCAUACCAGCCACAAGUCAAGGAUGUAGAAUUCUGGGCACACCUAUAGGAAGCUCAUCGUACAUCAUCGAAUCUUGCUCUGAUGUUGCACAAUCAGGAUCUAAUUUGUGUGGUAAGCUGUUGAAGCUGCAAGACCCCCAGUGUGGCAUGCUCUUGCUGAGACACUGUCAUGUUACUCGGAUGAACUUCCUAUCACGAACUGUUCCACCUAGACUUUUGGAGUCCGCUGCAGCCAUCCAUGACACACUGACAAGCUCAACGUUCACCAAUCUCUUGGGUAGAGGCAAUCUAACAGACAGGCAGUGGCUUCAAGCAACUUUACCAAUACGACAUGGAGGAUUUGGUCUCACAGCUUUAACAUCUACAGCACAAUUUGCAUUUCUGUCUAGUUGGGUCUCAACCCUGCAUACAAUAACAAAACGAAUUCCUGACGCUGAGAGAUUGCUUGAUGAAGUUCAGAAUUCACAUCAUUCAAAUAGUUCCAUCAGCAGAGAUUUGUGCGAUGUUUUGCCUCAAAACAAAACUCUCGUAGAAGUUAUCAACGACAGGAAGCAACUACAACACAAGCUGACUGAGGAAUACAUGAAUCUCUGUCAAAUGGUUUUAUUCAGAAUUCAUCUUCGACUAGAGACCAAUCUCGAAUGA